CCAAACACACACAUGCAGACAUGCACACACACGACACACAUGAUGAGACAGCCUGUGGUUCUACUCUGGGCGAUGGUAGUAACACCAUGGAAGAUGGUGUUUGAAUUCGAUCACUAUAAACACUUCUGCAGACUUGUGUACAUGGGAGCCAAACAUGAAACAACCAAGAAUUCAAUUUUCACAGCCAUACAUAUUGGCAGGUCUUACCAAGAGUACAGAGUGACAUGGAGUCUUUGGGAUUAGACUGCAAGAAGCCUGAGAUCAUUAUGGAGACACUUACAUAUAGGUUUUUGAAAUUGUUUGAAAUAAGUUAAUUGGUUAAAAAGUCAUGACUUUGCAAGGUUAAAUCCAGUGUAGACUAAGCAGUAAUGUUGUCAAAAAUAGCCCUGGGUCUCGUCUUGACCCUCCUGAUCCUGUUGACCAUCAGCGGCAACGUACUGGUGUGCCUGGCCGUCUGCGCUUCGCGACGCCUCCGCUGUCUCACGAACUGCUUCAUCGUAUCACUAGCGGUGACUGACCUUUUGCUCGGCCUUGCCGUCCUCCCCUUCUCAGCCCACCUACAGCUUACUGACGAUUGGCCGUUGGGCCCAGUCUUCUGUAACUUCUACAUCUCCAUGGACGUCAUGCUAUGCACCGCCUCUAUCCUCACACUCCUGGCCAUCAGCAUGGACCGCUACCUAGCCGUGACAAUGCCUCUCAGAUACAGCUCCCUGAUGUUGCCUUGGAGAGUAUUUGUGGCCAUGGCGAGCGUUUGGACCGUAUCGGUGGCAGUUUCCUUCUUACCCAUCUACAUGGGAUGGAACACAGUCAACGGGACGGUGCAAAACUAUGGCCAACCUGAGAGGACUUGUCGCUUUGAGCUCAACAGGCCUUACGUUCUGACUGACUCACUUCUCACCUUUUACCUGCCUCUGUUGGUCAUGUGCUGGACAUACCUCAGAAUACUUCGCAUCGCUCGGGCACAGAUCAAGCGCAUUAUCAGUGCUCGGCCGACGUGCGUCACCAGUUACAGCGGCAGGAACCAUCAAUCGCCCAUCACCACUGUGGUUUCCAGUGUCCCAGCUUCAGCCCUGCGCGAGCACAAGGCCACUGUGACGCUUGCAGCAGUGAUAGGCGCCUUCGUGGUAUGCUGGCUGCCUUAUUUCAUCCUGUUCACAGCGCUUGGGCUGAAGGAGCAUCCCGAUCCAAACAAAGUGCCAGAAUUUUCCAUCGUGCUUUGGCUGGGUUACGCCAACUCAGCCCUCAAUCCGAUCCUCUAUGGAGCCCUCAACAGGGACUUCAGAUCUGCCUACACCCACCUGCUGAGAUGUCGAUGGCCGACAUAUAGUGGGUGGAGGAGCCAACAUUCUUCUGCCACUGUAACAACAGGCAGAGAACAACUCAUGGAGGUGACUCUGCUGUGUGGACAUGCGCCUGCCAGCUGCAGGGCGGGUCAAACAGGCCAGAACUUCAUGUUACAGGAAACACAUAGCAGAACAAACACAGCCCUGAUCCACAUUGUGGACAGCACAACUGACACAAAUGUCAAUUAAAAGGAAAACUUAUGCGCUCUCUACAGUGGAUAUACACAUGACUGUUCAAGAUCCAGAAUAUAAUCAGUUAUAUGUGCACCAUUUCACACUUCAAUGUCAAUAAUAUAUGAUUUUAAACUAAAACCACACAGUCAAACUAAAUAUAUACAUUCCAUUCUCUUUCAUUGCUGUUUGUGUAUUCAAAUCAAAAGACUGCUGCUGCAGACGUUACCUGUACCAAAAAGAUGCUGCCAUUGUAACAUUACUAAAGUCCACCCAACUGGUGUACAGUAAGUUCACAUACACUGCUAAAACAAAUUGUGAAACUUGUCUACCUUGUUAUGUGCAUAUUAGUUCAUGCAGCACAGCAAUUUUCGACAAUCUCAUUUUUUGUGUUUGUGUUCCUGUUAGCACACAUUUUAGUGUUCUGAAAACAAUAUAAUGUCAGCCCACUCUCUGAGCAUCACGAAACACUCAUUCCCUUCGGCACUGGACAAGGAGUGACUAUACAGCAUGUCCCUAUGAGAUUAACAUACCCACUAACAUGGAAACCCAAGUAGCCUUGAGGUUUAAAUCAAGUGUGCCCUCCUGUGGAGGCAUAAAAUAUCACAAGGUUGAUUAGGCCUAUGUGUUCAAACAAUGCAGAACGAUAAGCAUGGGCAUCAUGUCAUGUGCAGUCUUAAUUCAGUGUACUGUUAAUGGAAAAAGUAUCAUGCUAUGUGUUGUAAAUGCAUGGGUAAAUUUAUUUCAAAUGACUUAGCUCAGCAAGAA